GCUUUCUGAUAAGGGAAUACAAGGCAUUUCCGUAGAGCAGCAAGACAGUUUCAGUUCGAGCGCCGUCUGACCAACAGGAAUAAAAACUAUGGCUGGCAGAAUGUUUCUCCGGGUUCCCUGUUUUGCAGUGCGUUUAUUAACUUUAAAUCCGUCUCUGAGAGCACCAGCUCACCGUGCUGUGGCGACUUUGAAGGGCAUUCCAACUGAUGACGAGCAGGCGACCGGGCUCGAGCGCCGGACCUUGCAAGCUUUGAAGAAGGGACAGGAUCCAUACAGCAUUUUGAAGCCAAAACAUUACUCAGGAUCGAAAGAGGAUCCCCACAUUGUGCCUUGUAUUGGCACCAAGAGGAUGGUGGGCUGCCUGUGUGAAGAAGACAACACUGCAAUCGUGUGGUUCUGGCUUCACGAGGGCAACCCCCAGCGUUGCCCAUCCUGCGGUGCGCACUACAAACUGGUCCACCACGAUCUCCCACACUAGGCAGCGUGCGGGACCCAACAUGAAGUGUGUGGGACCCAACAUCAUGCCUUCGCUUUCCACAUUCAGAACAAACCAAAUCAUCCUAGUGAUACACGUACGACUGACAACGUCACUUUUUAUUCAAUAAAGUGCUUAUUAUAU